UUAUUUUAUAACCAAAGCAGUAUCACACACUAUUCUUUUGAUUCCAGACUCUAUGACAAUUUUAAAACGGGAACAUUUGUUCUCUAUAAGAGUACGUCUCGAGAUUUUGAAGUUCAUGUUCGCCAGUGGGACUGUGGAAGUCUUCACCACCCAGCAUCCUGUAACUGUGGCUUUGUUGCCAAAGAAGGAAGUGAUAUAAUUGCGUUUGACAUGUGCAAUGGUCAGCUACAUGAGUCACAGCCACAUAUGUCUGUAAUAAGUAGAGACACAACAGGAAGCAAUGUCAGAAUCACUGAGUCCUACCUAGGAAGAAAAGUAACAGUUUUGUUUUCUUCUGGAGCUUUCAUUCGUGCUGAUGUGAGUGAAUGGGGAAUGAGCAUCACGCUUAGGGCACCCAGUUCAGAUUACAACCAUACAAUGGGACUCUGUGGCACCUUUGAUGGAAGUGCAGAUAAUGACUAUCACACUGCAAGUGGGGUGGAAAUCCCAAACCAUGCUGCUGUUCCUUUUUCUUUUAUUAAGGAAUGGAGAAUUUCACCAGGAGAUAGCUUGUUUGACAAGACACCUGCUUCUUUAACAUCUUCUAGGAAAACUGUCUUCUGUGACUGCAUGCUUGAAGAUGAUGGAUUAUACCAAUCAGUGAAUAAGCUAGAUACAGUCUCUAAGUCAGAACUUCCUCUGUAUUGUAAAGAAAGUGAAAAUGGUAGAUUUCUUUCUUUGAUACCAGGACUAGAUGUCACCACUGAGUAUCUUGGUCCUGUUGAUUUUGUUGGAGGCUUAAAGAAACGUUCGUCUGCAAAUGAAAUGAAUUCAUCUACACUUCUGCAAAGGGAGGAUAAUCAACCUGAACUUCACAAAACAUCACUAGUAAACAUACAUGUCUCUGCAACCUCAGUGGGAAAUACUGGUGUAAAAAGAGAAGGAAAUUCAAGCUCAAGCAUUGGAAGAAAUUCUCACCAUUACAGAAGCCAUCUUCACAAAAGUCAAUCUGUUAGAAGCAGGAGGAAGCGCCAAAGUUAUUAUGAAUACCAUCCAGUAUUUCUAUUCCAAAGCCUUAGCCAAACAGACUUAGAGGGGUAUAGCUAUUUUUUCCCAGAGGAUCAUGCCGCUGACAUGGACCAAAAGUUUCUUCCUUCUUGGCCCACACCUUCUGGCCUCACUGAGUCUAGCGCUUGGCUGCUGUGCCAGCAGGCAAUAGCUAAUUCCAGCAUAGGAAGAACUUGUGGUGACCUUCUUGGUCGGCGAAUAGAGGAUGCAGUCAAUAUGUGCGUUAAAGAUUUGCUGCUGAAAGAUGACCGCAGUUGGGCAGAAGCUUCCAUAGCUCUUCUGGAGAAUGAAUGUGAGAAGAGAGUUUUAGAACAAAUAAAUUACAACCAACAGGAACUCGAAGGGUCAGUUGAGAGCCUACUUAAUGCGUUAAAGUGUCCCAGUCUCUGCAGUGGUAAUGGAGAAUGUACAGAUUGGGGCUGUGCAUGUUUUGAAGGCUACAGCUCAUAUGACUGCAGCAUACUGUCUGACCUGCCUCCAGAAAUUACGGAGCUGGAGAAUGCUGGGCUGUGCGAUAUUCGACAGUAUGACUGCACAUCAGUGAGAGUUUUUGGACAUGGCUUCAGGGAGUCAUUGAAUCUGAAAUGUGAAAUUAUCAAAUUACAGUAUAGUGAUAGCAAAUGGAUUCCUGGAGAACCUCUAACUAUGCUGGCUGCCUUCCAAAAUGCCAGGACUGUCGACUGCCAGUUACCAAAUGAUGGCCAACAGUCUGAUGUCCUGGAUCUGGUUGACGAUAAACCCAUUGCCAGGUGGCAAAUAAAGAUUUCUAAUGAUGGAUUAAUUUAUAGCAACUCUAGAACAAUUAUAUUAUAUGAUGGAGCCUGUCAGACAUGUGAACCACAGGAAUCAGGCUUAUGUACGUUAAAGGAGAAAACAUGCAACAUAGAUGGACUCUGUUAUGGUGAAGGUGACACAAAUCCAACCAGCCCUUGCUUACUCUGCAGACCUGACAUAUCAAAAUUAACUUGGUCAGUUGUUGAAAACAACCAGCCUCCAGUGCUUGAAAAUUCUCAGGUUAUCCUACAGGCUUUUUAUGGAGAAGAUUUUGUAUAUCAGUUUUUGGCUUCAGAUCCAGAGGGCUCUGCUAUUCAUUUCAUAUUGGAUUCUGGUCCAGAAGGUGCCAGUCUUUCCCCAUCAGGUCUCCUUUUGUGGAAAGCUGUGUCAAUGAAUCUCCAUAAAUUAACAUUUUCUUUGACAGAUGACUGCAAUGCAAAGACCAAAGUAGAAAUAGAGGUCAGUGUAAAAUCGUGUGAUUGCCUAAAUAAUGGCUCAUGUGUGACAAACAUUAAUUUCCCACCUGGAAGUGGAAGAUAUCUUUGUGUGUGUGUGGCUGGAUUUGAAGGUGAUCUCUGUCAGGUGAAUACUGAUGACUGUAAACUUAACCACUGUGGUACUGGCAGAUGUGUGGAUGGGAUAAACAGCUAUUACUGCGAAUGUCCACCUGAACUUCAAGGUAAAAAUUGUCAAGAUGAUGUAGAUGAAUGUAUAUCCAGUCCUUGCUUCCCUGGAGUAUUUUGCUUCAAUACUUUUGGUUCUUACUAUUGUGGUCCAUGCCCGAAUAAUCUGCAAGGAGAUGGGAAGUCAUGUUACGAAAGCUUUGAAGACACUAAUGUUAAAAGAAAGGAUUCCACAGGAGAAAUUGGAGGGAAUAAAGGUUUUCAACCAUCAUCCUUUGAGAAGGUUUUAAGCAUUUCAAGCUAUACUCGCAGUUCUACAGAUGUCCCUGAGAGAUUUAUUUCUACAGAAAUGGUCAGUAGCAGCACUCCACCAGCCUCCACAAUAAAAACUAUCACCACUUGGAAGUCACUUAAUUCUCAGAGAAGUGCUUCUGUACAACCUGCUGUUACUGGAAACGUCGCUCAUGUUCUCAGCACCAUCAGUGGUCACCUUGCUAACAUGGAAGAGAGUUCUUCAGUGGAUGCUGUGGUGACUGCAUCUUCAAGGAGCCAUGCCGUAUCACCUGAGCAGAAAACAUGGGCACAAGUUGAGGCCUACAGCUCUUUUGAGACCAGCAGGAAGGCUUCUCCUAGCAGCAGAAGGAAUACAAGCAAAGAGCUUGCUUUGUCAAGCAAAGUACUCAGAGGUGGAAAUGCUCACAGAGUUCAGCACCUGUUAGCCAAGCAUAAAGCAAGUCCUUUGCCUUUUGUCCUGGUUGAAGUCACUGUCCCACCAAAAAUGCUUCCUGAAGAAUUGAGUGAAACAGUGAUUCCCAAAGCAGUAACCUGUACUGAUUUACCCUGUUUUCCUGGGGUACCUUGUGAGCCGAGUCAGGAUGGAAGCGUCAAGUGCGGUCGUUGUCCUUAUGGUUAUUAUGGCAAUGGCUUCACUUGCAGAGCAAGAUGUAGACAAACAUGUGGCAAAAAUAUGGAAUGUGUGGCACCCAAUAUUUGCAAAUGCAAGCCUGGUUACACCAGUUAUAACUGUCAGGCUGCUUUAUGCAGACCUGAUUGCAAAAACCAUGGGAAGUGCGUUAAGCCGAAUGUCUGUGAAUGUCUACCAGGAUACAGUGGCUCUGCUUGUGAGCAAGCACAUUGUAAACCACCCUGUCAAAAUGGAGGCACAUGCUUGGCCAGAAAUCUCUGCACCUGCCCAUAUGGUUUUGUAGGACCAAGAUGUGAUACAAUGGUUUGCAACAGACACUGUGAAAAUGGUGGCGAAUGUCUUGCUCCAGACAUCUGCCAGUGUAAACCUGGGUGGUAUGGACCUACGUGCAGCACAGCAAUGUGUGACCCUGUGUGUCUCAACGGUGGUUCCUGUACUAAGCCAGAUGUUUGUCUCUGCCCACAUGGAUUCUUUGGUGCCCAGUGUCAGAAUGCUGUCUGCAGCCCACCUUGCAAGAAUGGUGGUCAUUGCAUGAGAAAUAAUGUCUGUACUUGUCCUGAUGGAUACACGGGCAGAAGAUGUGAAAAAAGUGUCUGUGAGCCGAGGUGCAUGAAUGGAGGAAGAUGUGUAGGGCCAAACAUUUGCUCUUGUUCUUCAGGAUGGAGAGGAAAAAGAUGUAACACUCCAAUCUGUCUUCAGGAAUGUAGGAACGGCGGGGAGUGCAUUGGACCGAGUACGUGCCAUUGUCCUCCGCAGUGGGAAGGAAUCCAGUGCCAAACACCUGUGUGCCACCAGAAGUGUCUCUUUGGAGGCAAGUGUGCAUUGCCUAAUGUAUGCUCUUGUCGUCCUGGUUACACUGGAGUCCUCUGUGGGAAGAAAAUUCAGGUACAAAGGCAUCAUGGUUGA